GCGAGCGCCCAUGGCUACUGCAAUGGUCUCGCGACGAUCGCUUGGUUACCCCUUUGAGGCGCUGCCGGUAACCGAAACACCAGACGCUGCAGGCGCUAGUGGACUCGUCACCACUGAGGCGCCAGUUACACACCGCAUACGUAAACUGCAUAUGAAGAAGAUUAUGGAAAGCAUAAGGAAUAACGUCGAUAAGAGGCUGGGUGCCAAGCUGUCAAAGAACCAUCAUCGCAGUCUGUUAACCGCCGAGCAGCUACAGGGCAGGCCAAUGGAUGUAGAACUCAACCAAGUGCAUAACGCUGCCACUGAUGAUAUAACCACCGAUAGUGACGUGAGUGUCGCAGAUAGCGCUAGCAGUGAGGAUGGUGGGAGUUUCGAGCGCACAGAUGAAGCUGUCAGCGAAAUUGAUGACGAAGACAAAGGUGACAACUUCGAUAGCCGCAAUUAUGAUGCAAACAAUGACAUCAACAAUGUUAAUGUAGGGAUUGAGAAUGUCAAUGGAGAUGUUGAAGUGGCGAGUGACAGCGUCGGAGAUGAAUUGGAGAGUGAUGACGUGAAUAGUGAAGACGUCAGCAACAAUGCGCUAGAAGCUGACGUUGACAGCAGCAGCGAUGAAUUAGGUGAGGUUUUGCAAUUAGCUGAUGAUUUGGAUGUGCCAGAUAAUUCAAUGGAAGACAUAUACCAGAAUGAUGAGUAUCCGGUCACAUCACCUAGCUAUGUAACCACAAGUUCAGAUGGCAGCACUGAGCUUAAUGAGAAUGCUAAAAUGUUUACAACUUUUACACCAUUUCUCGUCGAUGGCGACGAUUCAUACGCAACGGAAAUGUUGAGUGAUGGCAUUGUGAAUUCGGACGCUACAACCCAAACUCCGGCACUGAAACCGCCUAAAAAGGUGACUACAAAAUUGCAGCUUGUGCCAAAAACGACUGCAACAACAAAGCUUAUACCAUUGCCCACAAUGCCGACCAAAGACGUAGUACAGUCGAAGCUUGCGCUCAAACGCGCGUGGAAAAAUCAAACUAUUUCCGUAGCGCCACAAAAUGAAAUUACUGCAAUAGAGCGACCCCUAUGGCCAACUGACAGUGUCACACUUACAAUAGAACCAGCCACUAAGGUGGUACGAGUUAAAGCUAAACCGAUUAAAUCUAAUGGCAAUUCCAUUGUUGACCCCUCCGAGCUACCCCAUUUGGUCGGCAUGAUACGCCUUGAAAGCGCCGAGAUGGCAAAUGACACAGCAGAUUAUAGUGAGCUCGAACCAAAAAACUACACAACCAACAAGCUUCUCACUCCAGCUGUCCCAUCGUCAACAGCCCCCAAAGUUGAGAGCGAUGAGUUUGGUUGGUCAGCCAGCAAUAUUUCCGUGGAGCCAAAUCACUUGGCCAGCACUAGCGUUGGUGGCAUCGGGCUGGAACGACAGCAAGCAUACGAUAUCGAAGAGAUAAGUUUCGAAAAUGUCGGACUUGAUAACUUGGACGACAUUACCAUGGACGACGGUCAUAUGGACAAUCGGCAUGCGCACGGUUUCCCGGUGAGUAAUUCGGGUGAUGUGAGCACGGAUGUGAAUGGCGGUGAAGACGGUAACGAAACGGAGGGUGAAGACGAUACGAAUCGGUUUUUGGCGGGCGUGGUCGAUGCGGCAAACGAAGAUGAGAUUUACGAUUGGGAUGAGAUUUCGCGAAAUAAUCGACGGAAUUUGAUGCGUGGUCGGGAUGUCGUUACGAAAUUUUUGCAAAUCGUUGAAACGCAACAUUUGCUCGGCGCUAAUUGUGAGGCGGGCACGUCGUUAAAUUUGGGUGAAGGCGUGGUCGAUCGCUAUGCGCAGGAUCGUUUUCGUGUUGAAGCAGAGGUGGCAGUGAAUCGCGCCAACAUGCUGAGCAGAAUUUUUAAGAUGACAACCCCGUCUGCCCAAGCCGACGUUAAUCUGCUGCACGCUUCCGUUCUUUCAAUGGUCGAAUUCGAUGAUGAUAUUUUCGCUGCUGGCAAUUGCUUCGACUGGAAUGAACAUCCGGCUCAAACGGGACUGUUUUGUCCUUUUGCCUAUCGCCUGCCAGCGCCGAACUUAGGCGCGAUCCUCGCCAAGGACUUAUCCAUGGAGUAUCACUAUCUCGGCAACACGUCCGAAUGGUUUUUUCAGGCACGUAAAAAUGCUUGGAAGGUGAUAGCGCGCAACGAACAGUAUCUUAAAUCUUUCCACUUGUAUUCCAACAAAACCGAAGAACGCAUUGAAGAUGACACUCUGGCUGUGAAGUAUGAGGAUGGUCGUUGGUCCAAGCCAUACUAUGACUGUGGUGGUGGCAAUAUUUGGAUGCUGACUUAUACGGUGCCAUUUUUUGGUUAUGAAAAUGGAACUUAUCAUUUCAAAGGCACAUCGGGCAUCGAUAUUGAUUUGAGGCGUGUGGAUAUUGAUCAGUGUCCGCAACGAAACACACCUGGCAGUACACAACCGCUAAAUAUUUUCGCCGGCACUGACAAAUGUAAACAACGCACAACUAUGUGUGAAGCUUUGAAGGGUUUGGGCUUUCGUCGUGGCUCGUACAAAUGCGUCUGCCGGAAAGGUUACUACUUCCCCGACACAAUGUCCAAUCCGAAGUUUUUCAAUGGCAGUCUGUUGGAAGAGGAGUAUGAAAAACUUAUGUUGGGCAAAAACUCCACUUACAACAUUAUCAACGAGUAUGAGUGCCUACCCUGCGCUGAGGGCUGCGACUACUGCGAGGAUGGUUCGCCUUGCAUAGCCGCACUCAAUUGGCCGAUGCGAACGAGUAUUAUGGUUUUGGCUUGCGCUGUUAUCGGGCUAUUGCCACCAGCCGCUUGGUUUACAUUCCGUUAUCAACAAGUAAAG